AUGGUGGGAGGUCUCAAAGCCAUGGGAGAUGUCACCACCAUGGGAGGUGCCACUGUGGGAGGUGACACCACCACGGGAGGUGGCACCAUCAUGGGAGGUGGCAUCAUUGUGGGAGGUGUCACUGUCAUGGAGGGUGUCACCAUCAUGGGAGAUGCCACCACCAUGGGAGGUGCCACUGUGGGAGGUGACACCACCAUGGGAGGUGCCACUGUGGGAGGUGGCACCACCAUGGGAGGUGCCACUGUGGGAGGUGACACCACCAUGGGAGGUGGCACCAUCGUGGGAGGUGGCAUCAUUGUGGGAGGUGUCACUGUCAUGGAGGGUGUCACCAUCAUGGGAGGUGGCACCACCAUGGGAGGUGUCACCACCAUGGGAGGUGUCACUGUCAUGGAGGGUGUCACCAUCACGGGAGGUGACACCGCCACGGGAGGUGGCACCAUCAUGGAGGGUGUCACUGUCAUGGGGGGUGUCAAAGUCAUGGGGGGUGGCACCAUUGUGGGAAGUGCCACCACCAUGGGAGGUGCCAAAGCCCUGGGAGAUGCCACCACCAUGGGAGGUGCCACUAUCAUGGCAGAUGUCACCAUCAUGGGAGGUGUCACCAUCAUGGGAGGUGCCACUGUGGGAGGUGACACCAUCAUGGGAGGUCUCAAAGCCAUGGGAGAUGUCACCACCAUGGGAGAUGUCACCAUCGUGGGAGGUGUCACCAUCGUGGGAGGUGCCACGGUUGGACAUGUCACUGUGGGAGGUGCCAAAGCCGUGGGAGGUGUCACCACAGGAGAUAUCACCACCAUGGGAGAUGUCACUGUUGGAGAUGCCACCUCUGUCGGCAAUGUCCUUGUUGGAGAUGCCACCAUGGGAGAUGCCACCUCUGUCAGAGAUGUCCCUGUUGGAGAUGUCCCUGUUGGAGAAGCCACCAUCAUGGCAGACGUCAUUAUGGGAGAUGCCACCACUGUGGGAGAUGUCCCUGUUGGAGAUGUCACCAUUGGAGAUGUCCCUGUUGGAGAAGCCACCAUGGGAGGUGCCACCUCUGUCAGAGAUGUCCCUGUUGGAGGUGUCCUUGUUGGAGAUGCCACCAUGGGAGAUGCCACCACUGUGGGGGGUGACACCACCACAAGAAAUGUCACUGUGGCCGAUGUCACCGUGGGAGACGCCAUUCUGGGAGGUGGCACCAGCGUGGGAGAUGUCACCGUUGGAGAUGCCACCAUGGGAGGUGCCACCACUGUGGGAGAUGUCCAUGUGGGAAUUGUCACCAUUGGAGAUGUCACCUUUGGGGAUGCCACCACCCUGGGAGGUGCCACCACGGGGGGUCAUGACGUGAGAGGUGCCACCACCGUGGCACACGUCAUUGUGGCUGAUGUCACCCUGGGAGAUGCCACCGCUGGAGAUGCCGCCAUGGGAGGUGUCACUUUUGGAGGUGCCACCAUGGGAGGUGGUGGCACAGGAGGUGCCACCAUGAGAGGAGCCCCCACCGUGGGAAGUGUCACCAUGAGAAUUGUCACCGUGGGAGAUGUCACCUUUGCAGGUGCCACCGUGAGAAAUGCCACCAUUGUAGAUGCCACGGUGGAAGAUGCCACCACUGUUGGAGACGUCACCAUUGCAGGUGCCACCACCAUGGGAGCCGAUGCUGUGGGAGAUGCCACCACCAUGGGAAAUGUCCCUGUGUGA